GCCAUUAGAAAGAUAAUGCUUCUGGAAUUCAGCCAGUACCUCGAAAAUUACUUGUGGAUGAAUUAUUCUCCUGAGGUGUCCAGCAAGGCUUAUUUGAUGUCAAUCUGCUGCAUGGUGAAUGAAAAGUUCAGGGAGAAUGUGCCUGCAUGGGAGACAUUCAAAAGAAAGCCGGAGCACUUCCCGUUCUUUUUCAAACGCGUUUUGGAAGCAUCCUUGGCUGAGAACGACAGUGAAUUCUCACUGCAAGAGCAAACAAUCCUCCUGCUGUUCCUUGAUCACUGUUUCAACAGCUUGGAAGUGGAUUUGAUCAGAGCCCAAGUCCAGCAGCUCAUCUCCCUGCCAAUGUGGAUGGGCCUGAAACCUGCUCGUCUGGAACUCGAAUUGAAGAAGACACCAAAGCUUCGGAAAUUUUGGAAUUUGAUCCUGAAGAAUGAUGAGAAAAUGGAUGAGAAUACACGAAUGCAAGCAUACAAAGAAAGACUAUUUCUUUCACAGCUGAUCCAGAAAUUCAUCUCUGUAUUAAAAUCGAUACCCCUUUCAGGCUCCCUCUCUAUGGAUAAAGUGCACUACUGUGAAAGAUUCAUUGAACUCAUGAUAGAUCUAGAGGCCUUGCUUCCAACACGGCGAUGGUUUAAUACUAUCUUAGAUGAUUCCCACCUAGUUGUACAUUGCUACUUAUCCAGUCUGGCCAAAAGAGACAAGGAGGGUCAUCUUUUCUGCCAGCUUUUAGAUAUGCUAAAAUUCUACACUGGUUUUGAAAUUAAUGACCAGACUGGAAAUGCGUUGACAGAGAAUGAGAUGACGACAAUUCACUAUGACAGAAUUACUUCCCUCCAGAGAGCAGCUUUUGCUCAUUUUCCUGAACUGUACAAUUUCGCCCUCUCAAAUGUGUCAGCUGUCGAUACGCGUGACUCACUGGUAAAACUUUUUGGUCCUUUAAGUCCUGUCACACUCCACCAGGUGGCAUCAUAUCUCUGUUUACUGCCAGCCCUACCUGAAGGGGAAGAUACAAGCUAUGAAAAAGAAUUUCUACUAGAACUAUUGGUGUCCCGGCAUGAACGCCGAAUUUCUCAGAUACAGCAGCUCAAUCAGAUGCCUCUGUAUCCUACAGAAAAAAUUAUUUGGGACGAAAACAUUGUCCCAACUGAGUACUAUUCUGGAGAAGGUUGCCUUGCCCUCCCCAAAUUGAAUUUACAGUUUCUGACUCUUCACGACUACCUCCUGAGAAAUUUCAACCUCUUUCGCCUAGAAUCGACCUAUGAAAUCAGGCAGGACAUUGAAGACAGCGUCAGUAGGAUGAAACCUUGGCAGUCUGAAUACGGCAGCGUUGUCUUCGGUGGUUGGGCUCGGAUGGCACAGCCCAUUGUCUCUUUCACAGUGGUAGAGGUGGCGAAGCCCAACAUCGGGGAAAACUGGCCUAUGAGAGUCCGAGCGGAUGUUACAGUGAACUUGAAUGUUAGAGACAACAUCAAAGAUGAAUGGGAAGGCCUCCGCAAACAUGAUGUUUGCUUUUUAAUUACCGUCCGACCCACACAGCCAUAUGGCACGAAGUUCGAUAGAAGACAACUGUUCGUUGAGCAGACCGGCCUGGUCUACGUGCGAGGGUGUGAAAUCCAGGGCAUGUUGGAUGAUAAAGGCCGUGUCAUUGAAGAGGGACCAGAACCAAAGCCAAGACUUAAAGGAGACUCCAGAACAUUCAGAGUGUUCUUGGAUCCUAACCAAUAUCAACAGGAUAUGACCAACACCAUCCAGAAUAAAACCGAAGACGUCUAUGAGACGUUUAAUAUAAUCAUGAGAAGAAAGCCGAAGGAAAACAACUUCAAAGCUGUGCUGGAGACUAUACGGAAUUUGAUGAACACGGACUGUGUGGUCCCUGGCUGGUUACAUGACAUCAUCCUUGGUUAUGGAGACCCAAGCAGUGCUCAUUAUUCCAAAAUGCCCAAUCAAAUUGCCUCCCUGGAUUUCAAUGAUACCUUCCUUUCUAUUGAUCAUUUAAAAGCCAGCUUUCCUGGGUACAGCAUUAAAGUGGCUGUUGAAGAUCCUGCACUACAGAUUCCUCCAUUCAGGAUAACUUUUCCAGUCAGAAAUGAUGCAGGAAAGAAACGGAAGGAGUGUGAGGAUGGUGAAAAGGCUGAAGACCAGAAAACAUUGAUUGUUGAGCCUCAUGUCAUUCCCAACAGAGGACCUUACCCAUAUAAUCAACCCAAACGCAAUACAAUUCAGUUUACUCAUACACAGAUCGAAGCUAUACGUGCUGGAAUGCAGCCUGGAUUGACAAUGGUUGUGGGGCCUCCUGGUACAGGCAAAACUGAUGUGGCAGUACAGAUAAUAUCCAAUCUCUAUCACAACUUCCCGGAACAGAGGACUCUUAUUGUUACGCAUUCCAAUCAGGCCUUGAACCAGCUGUUUGAGAAAAUCAUGGCUCUAGACAUUGAUGAACGCCACCUCCUGCGUCUUGGUCAUGGAGAGGAAGAACUGGAGACAGAGAAAGACUUCAGCAGGUAUGGAAGAGUAAACUAUGUUCUCGCCCGGAGGCUGGAACUUCUGCGAGAAGUUGGGCGACUGCAAGAGAGUUUGGGGGUGCCAGGAGAUGUUUCCUAUACUUGUGAAACAGCUGGCCACUUCUUCUUGUAUCAAGUAAUGUCCCGUUGGGAAGAAUAUAUAAGCAAAGUGAAAGUUAAAGGUAGCAAGCCUCCUGAUGUUGGUGAUAUCUCCAGCUUUUUUCCUUUUCACCAGUAUUUUGCAAAUGCCCCUCAGCCGAUUUUUAAAGGCAGAUCUUACAAUGAAGACAUGGAAAUUGCUGAAGGGUGUUAUAGACAUAUCAAGAAAAUAUUCACCCAGCUUGAGGAAUUCAGAGCAUUUGAACUUCUUCGUAGUGGACUGGAUAGAUCCAAAUACUUGCUGGUGAAAGAAGCAAAGAUCAUUGCAAUGACUUGCACACAUGCUGCUUUGAAACGGCGUGACCUUGUUGAGCUGGGUUUCAAGUAUGAUAACAUCUUAAUGGAAGAGGCUGCUCAAAUACUGGAAAUUGAAACUUUUAUCCCACUCCUCUUACAGAAUCCACAGGAUGGGUUCAGCCGACUGAAACGAUGGAUUAUGAUUGGGGACCAUCAUCAGUUGCCACCAGUCAUUAAGAACAUGGCAUUCCAAAAAUAUUCCAACAUGGAGCAGUCUCUUUUUACACGGUUUGUCCGUGUGGGAGUGCCGACUGUUGACCUGGAUGCUCAAGGAAGAGCAAGAGCAAGCUUGUGCAAUCUCUACAACUGGCGUUACAAGAACUUGGGUAAUUUGCCACAUGUACAACUCUUGCCGGAAUUCAGAACAGCAAAUGCUGGUUUCCUGUAUGAUUUCCAGCUUAUAAAUGUCGAAGAUUUCCAUGGUGUAGGAGAAUCUGAGCCUAACCCUUAUUUCUAUCAGAAUCUUGGCGAGGCCGAAUAUGUUGUUGCUCUCUUCAUGUACAUGUGCCUGUUGGGUUACCCAGCAGAGAAGAUCAGUAUCUUGACCACAUAUAAUGGACAAAAACACCUGAUUCGAGAUAUUAUUAAUCAACGUUGUGGGAAUAACCCCAUGAUUGGAAGACCAAACAAGGUGACAACCGUCGAUAGGUUUCAAGGUCAGCAAAAUGAUUACAUCAUCCUUUCGCUUGUACGAACUAAAGCAGUUGGACACUUGAGGGACGUUCGGCGUUUGGUGGUUGCCAUGUCAAGAGCCAGACUUGGACUCUAUAUAUUUGCAAGAGUAUCACUAUUCCAGAACUGCUUUGAGCUGACUCCAGCUUUCAGCCAGCUCACUGCUCGACCUCUUCAACUGCAUAUAAUUCCUACAGAGUAUUUUCCAACAAUGCGGCAGAAUGGAGAACAUCCAUCUCACCAAGUUCAUCUGAUAAAGAAUAUGCCUCAGAUGGCCAACUUUGUGUACAACAUGUACAUGCAUAUGAUACAAAGUACACGCCAGUACAGACAGCCGCAUUUACUGCCACCUCCAGCACUUGUUGAAGAAAGUGAAAUACUCCAGUCACAGGAAAGUAUAAUAGUUCCAAGUCAGGAAGAUGAAAUGGAAACUGAAGCUGAAACCAAAACCACACCUGUGGAGACUGCGGUAGAGAAAGUGUUGGAUGAGAAAGAAAAGGUAGCAGAGGAAGAGGACGAGCCUCGGAAGAUGCCUGAACAUCCUGGAAGAGAUAGUGAUAGUGAAGACAGUGAACCAGAGGAGGACACUGAGAAGUCAACUUUACUGUGUCAAGCAAAGGCUGAAAAACAAAUCAGUUAG